AUGCAGGCCUGCUGCCACCCCGCCCACCCCGCUGGGUACCCCCUGGAGGGCCUCUGGAAGGCGUACGAGGCGUGGAGCGCCUACGGCGCUGAGGUGCCACUCACGCUGAACGUCUCUGGCGGCCGGCAAGAGGUGGUCCAGAGCUACGUGCCGUACCUGUCUGGCAUCCAGGUCUUCCGCGCCUCGCCCGCCCCGGACGCCUCGGUGGGGAGCAGCGGAGACAGCGUCGCCUCGGGCGACCUCUCCCCGGACAGCGACUGCGACGAGGCGGCGGCGUACAACCUCUCUGACUUCGAGUUGCUGAGGAGACUGGGGGACGGCAGCUACUCCCAGGUGGUCCUGGCCAGGCCCAAGGCGGGGGGCAAGGAGGUGGCCCUGAAGAUCAUGGACAAGCGCUACCUGAUCCGGCACAGCAUGGUGGAGUACAUUCGCCGUGAGCGCGCCAUCAUGGACCAGCUGUCGCACCCCGGCGUGGCCCGCCUCUACUUCACCUUCCAGGACGCAUACUCCCUGUACAUGGGCAUUGAGCACUGCCCCAACGGCGAGUUGUACGACCAGGUGCGGCUCAAGCGCGCGCUGGGCGAGGACACCGCCCGCGCCUACGCCGCCGAGGUGGUGGACGUGCUGGCGCACCUGCGCGCGCGGGGCGUGGUGCACCGCGACCUGAAACCCGAGAACCUGCUGCUGACGGCGGAGGGGCACCUGAAGCUCAUCGACUUUGGCAGCGCCAAGGCCCUGCCCGGCGGCGCGGUGGCUGCCAGCGGCGCCCUGUUUGCCGCGAGGGAGAGCGGCGAGUCCGGCCGCGGCACGCCCGCGCGCAGCGUGGCCGCCACGCCCAGCGCUGGCUCGCUCGCCACCUCCUCCUCGGGCCGCCUUCCAGACCUGGCGGGGGGCUCCGCGCAGCGGCUAGUCAGCCUGGUGGGCACCGCCGACUACGUAUCGCCGGAGGUGCUGGGCAACCGCGCCGUGACCCCGGCGGCCGACCUCUGGGCACUGGGCUGCGUGCUGUACCAGAUGCUGGUGGGGCGGCCGCCCUUCAAGUCGCCCUCCGAGUACCUCACCUUCCAGAAGGUCAUCAGCUUGGAGUACGAGAUACCGGAGCACCUCUCGCCCGAAGCCCAGGACCUCAUCCGUAGCCUGCUGCGCUCCGAGCCGGAGGAGAGGCUAGGGGCCCAGGACCUGCAGGAGCUGAGGCGCCACCCUUUCUUCCGGGGCAUCGACUGGGACACGCUGUGGACGCAGCAUGGGCCCAGCUUUGCCGAGCUGGAUCUGGAGUCCAUGGGCAGUGUCUCCUCCAGCUUCGACUGGGAGCUGCAGUCCCUGUCAGCCGCCCUUCCCGGUCCGGGGUCGUAUGCUGAUGUCCCCCGUGCACAUGGCAGCGACAGCGGGUGCGAGAGCAGCGACGACGACUUCACCCGGCCCCUGCACUGA